AAAUGAGCAACGCAGAUCUAAAUGAGCGAGACAGAAUCCUUCAGGAAUUCCACGCAGAAACAGUUUUCCUUUCAGGAAACAAAGAAUGGCUGGUGGAGAAGAAUUACUUUGUCGUGAAAAGCACGGUGGAGAAGAUUGUGAAGUGGGCUUAUGAAUCCAGCACUGGGUUGUACCCCUUUGACCCCAUUCCCGUGGGCAGCUACAAUGAAGGGCUGCACCUUCAAGUGGAGAACACUUCCAACGACUUUGACUUCCUUAUCCCAGUGCGGUAUAACUCCAAGUUGGCGCUCCGGAACAGAGUCGUCCCCAGUAAUUCCUCCAGCCGCCCCACCCACCUGCUCCCCACCUACAUUUUUCGCCACAGAGGAAUCCGCAACCUUCCUGACAAAGGGCUGCCGGUCUUUUCCCAGGGCACCAAACUGUUGGUAGACAUUGAGAAUGUGGCGGAGACAGAUGUGAAGAUCUAUUGUGAUAAGCCAAAAUCACAGUUGGGGGAAGAUGAGGAAGAAGAUGAUGACCCUGACUAUCAUAAAUUAGAAAUGUGCCAGGAGAGUCUCAGCUAUCAUAAUUUGGACCCAGAGCAAAUCCUGAAGGACUUUCAUCAAUAUGUAGGGAUUGCCUUGAAUCCAGGUGCACCAUUUCAGAAAAAAUAG